AUGCCCGAAUCUGCGAUCACCGACCGUUCUUACGAGUCGUCAGAAACUUGGUCCCCCCAAGCUGCUGAUGGCCCCCCGCCCCCCGCCGAGCCGCUGAAGCCUCGCAAGCCUCGACGUGAAAAGCCCCGCAUCGCCCUAGCUCCUGACCAGCCUCCUACCACUCAGGGCAAACCCCGGGCUCGGGUCUACGUCGCAUGCAUCCAAUGCCGAUCGCGGAAAAUACGUUGUGAUGGCGCAAAGCCUGUAUGCCAUAACUGUGGUCGUCGAACUAAUGGUUCUAAUGAGUGUACCUAUGACCCCGUGCCAAAGCGCCGUGGGCCUGAUAAAACACCUGGCGCACGACAGCGUAUGGCCAGGGAGCUUAGAAUGGAAUUGGAAAGAGAAAACGGCGGGGCCUCGCGGCGUCGUCGUAGGCGCUCAGACUCUAUUCCCCACAAAUCUAGCGCCUCUCCGACUUCCGCUAAUCUUUCCGACUCCGCUCGCAGUCGCAGUGCCUCUCUUUCCAGGCAGCCUCUUUCGGCUGCGUUAUCCUCCCCAUCAUCUAGCGACCACAUGAAUUCUCCAGGGGCCUUUAGCGACAUGUCUCGACCGCAACCCCCUUAUGCGGCUGUUAUAAAUGGUUGCGCUUGCCAUAAUGCGAACCCUUGUCCUUUGGGUAUCAUUUCUAAUGACGUAUAUUUUCCCAAGACCGAGGUUUGCCUUCUUCAGAUUGCCAUCUCUGGUCAAACGAUAGAUAGCGCAGGUUUCGUGGCCCAACAUAACGAGUCUGAGAAUGGCAUCGUUCAACGAGGGUUCUAUCAGCAAGGCUAUAGCAGUAGCAAAGGCCCACAAGCUCAAAAUAUUUCUAGUCAACCUUCUAGUGAAUUUACGCGGAAGACUUGGUGGGAUUCACUACUGUCCCUUUACCUCUCCCCUCCCUCUGAUUACCAGCAGACCCACUCUCGUUCAGAUCGUGACCUCGCCGCGCAGACUAUCACUGCCGAUUUACGUUUUUUAUUUCGUUCCUCCAAUUAUUGGUUUUCGUUCUUCCAUCUACCUACAUUUUUCGGCAAUUACUUUGAUCCCGUACGACGACACAACCUUCAACCUAGCCUUGUUCUUGCAGCUCUUGCCGUAUCUACAUUUUGGCAAAGCUCAGAGGUUGGUUUGGGGAGGGAAGGUCGGGGUCGAGCUCUACGCCUUAGAGACAAGGCCCAAAGUGCGCUUGAGUCCAGCUUCAAUUCAGGUUGGAUUGAUGAGACUUUAGCUCAAGCUGCAUGGCUUCUCGCUUUAUUCGAGGUCUGCGCUCAUCCCAAGCACACAAGGGAGCGGUCUGUCUCAUCUCUCAUUAUGCUCGACUCUUAUAUUCGAAGCCUCUCUUUAACACUCGUAGACGCAGAUGACCCCCAGGCAUCCCAUUUUACGCCGGGGGCUGUCCCGUCAGUUACGCAGAAAUCCACUGACCAGGCUUACCACACUCCGUAUAUAGCGGCGUCAGAAUCUGAAUAUCUUCAUCAUAAUCACUAUUCUUCUUCACCGCCACCGAGUAGCUCUGGAGAAUGUGUAUGCACUUCUCUCAGCCUCGGGGUACACUAUCCUGAAACCCUAGAACACGCACCCAUGUGGGCUCAUACCCCGGCCUGGAAUUCACACUGGUCGGAGGGUGAUAUCAGAAGGGAAUCAUGCCGUCGUCUCUGCUGGAGCGCAUUGAGCCUCGCAGCAGGGCACGUCGCAUACGCCAACGCUAACAAUCACCAGGGACCUGAUUUGUUCAUCAGCGAUCCCUCUAAUUUCGCUCUAUUGUUUUCGGGUGAAUCGAUGGCCCGGUCUCCCUCUCUUUCUUAUAACACCCCUAAGGAUACCAUAUGGGCAUUAUUUGAUCGAUCUUUUCUCUUGUGGCAUGGAUGCGUUCGAAUGCGGCAUAACCACGAAGCGACAGAAGCUGAACAAGCUCAGUUUACCGUAAAAGCCUGGCUGGAAGCCGAUGCUAUUGAAGCCAAUCUUAAUCGACACACUUGUGCGAUUGAGAGGUCAUUCAUUUUCCAAGCACGGGAAUAUAUAUUCAAUACCAGAAUGUGUAUAUCGUACGAAUUCCAGCGUUUCAUUCCGCUCAUUUCGACGGAUGUUAAUGGGUUGAUCCAUCGCAAAAAGGCUGAAGAGUGGCUGACACACCAAUCCACCGUUGCGCAACGUUACAUGUUUGGUCUACACGCUGUCACUGGUAACGCCAACAACCACCUGGCACGAAGGCCAUUCUUUGUGUUCUGGUUCAUGAGUCAAGUGUCGUCUGCCUUGUCCUUAUGGCAAUACGAUAAUUCUUUGACAAUUGCGCUGGAUGUUUGCAAAGCUUUUUUGCCUGCAAUUGAUUAUCUCACCACACUCUGGCCGUGUUCGGAUCAACGCCGUAAGUACGAUGGUCUUCGGGAACGGCUUAGCAGAGCGUGUUAUAUAGCCGGACUUACACCUCUACCUAAAAUCAAUCUCGGUCUACCUUCACCUCCGAACGAUGCGAUCUUGUAG